AUGCACCGACCUGUCCAUCAAGACGACUACCUGCUGGCACGAGGAGCCAACCCUAGAACCGGACUCAUAACACCAGGUGUCCAUAGUGCAAGCAGCUCUAUCGACUACUAUGAGGAUGCUCCAGCUCAUGGCUCUGGACCUCAGGGGCGAUGGCACCAAAAGGGCGAACAGUGGGUCAGUUCGGAUCUAGGCCGGAUGACUCCUCCUAAGCAGCGCCUUCCAGGGUCAUAUCCUCACAAAUUGCGGACUCCACGGAGGCUUGCUUCUGGCGACAUGGACGCUUCGAUGGGUGAGCGUGGACAUAUAAGUCGACCUCCGGGACUACAGCAAGCCGCUCCUCGUGAGCCGCGACCUGAUACCAGCGCUACAUUCUGCCUCCUCAAGCACUCUGAAGGAAUAGAUAUCUAUCCGGAAAUCUCCUUCGCCCCGCCCUUCACUGACAUCAACAAACCUCUUCCCCUCGAGGAAGCGAACGAAGAUUCCGUACUACGAAGGAAACCAGUUGGCAGUCCACCUUACAAAACUGGCCCGGGUCAUGGAUCUGAAGAUCAAAGCAGGAGAAACGACAGUGAGGAGACUGUUCUGAGGACACCACGGUUCCAGCUAGACAUGAGAACCUCGUCAGCGCCUGUUCCGCCCCGUGUCCGAAACAUCACGCCUCUUGACAAAGACAAGGACUUACCGACGUUACCAAGGGAUAGUAAUCCCUCGCUAGUCAAAGAGUAUCAGACAAUAGCAACACAGAAUCCUUUUUUAGACCCGCCCAAAAUGCAUCCGACAAUGGACGGCCCAGAUUCAAGAACCUCGAACACCUCUGGCCAUCCUCCGGUCGAAAAAGAACUACCAUGUCUGCCGAUGAACAGUGGCCUAUUCCAGUGGAACCAGGCAACAAUGCCAAACCGACCAACUCCAGUGGAAGAAAAGAGGAUCAGCCCCAAGACGUUGCUGACGUCCGAUAUGGAGACUCCGAAAGGGCCAAGGGGAGGCGAUCCAGCGUACCCGUUCGUGCGUACGGCGAGGCAAACCCACCCAACGCCUCAGACGAAGGUGCGCAACGACUCGCUGGCAUCUAUGGCGAUCCCCACGUACGACAACCCGCCAAAACACCAAUCUCCGCCACUGGUCCGAACAUCGCUUACAAGAGCAGAGGGACCCAGGUCAAUGCCCGCUCCAACGGUGAAACCACCAAACAGACCGCCGAGAGGGCCGAACCCGUCACCGUUGAGUACCACUACCACAUCCAUCGACACUACCAUGGACAAUCCGACAUUCCCGAUUCAGCUGCGAGGUGGUCCGAGACCGUCAAUGGCAGAUCCACGAAUGACGAACCCUGGCCGGCCUAGUGUGCCGCGGAGACCGCCUCCACCAGCCACGUCAAGCAUUUUCAUGAACACUGGCAUGAAUAUGAGCAUGGAGUCAAUAAUGCCGGUCCCACUUCCCCGAACCAGGCCGCGGCGGAACAAUCACCAACCAGUGCAGAUGAGAGCCGAGGGCAUGUACGCUUUCCCACGACAGGGACCACGCCUGAGCGGGUCCUACACGUCAGACACGAUGUUCCAACAGAGGAGACCAGUCGACCUAGAAAGCAUCACAAUACCAAGUCCGGUCGAACAACGGAACGAUCUCAUGCCACCGCCACUGAAGCCACGUCUCCCAUCCAAUCAAGGCCAGCCGAUAGAUCCACAUAUGUCGACCGGCCGGCGCGAAGAGGUGAUGAGCGGCCUCGGCUUGACCAGGAAAUGCAGUCGUUGUCACAACGGCUUCGUGGACGUCAAGCAACGCAACAUCGCUGGUGCCAUCCAUACGUCCGUCCACCAGAAGGCCGGCGACGAAGCAAACGAGGACUUUAAGAACAGUCACCCAAGCGCCAGUCCUCUUCCGGAGGUGCCUGAAGACAGUGAACCAGGCGCGUACGAAGCAACAUCGAAUGAAGCCAUGAAGGCACAAGAAAAUGGGAGUAUUCCCGAAGACGACCAUGAAAUAUGUUGUCCGGACUGCUGCAAAGAAGACUGCCAUGAAAGUUGCCUCGGACAUCCUAGCCCGAGCACUACAAGUAGUCCGACGAAGAGUAUCUGGUCGGACAUCCACAGUCCCAGCAGUGCGAGCGAAUUCGAAGACUGGGAAGACAACGGAGCCUUCAAAACUCCUCAGAAACCUGGUAAAGCUGCACAGGGUUCUACUAUGCCGUCGCCAAAGCAUGUCAAUUUCAAGGAUGACAAAAAGGCAAGACCGAAGCUUGUUGACAUUGGCUCAGCGAGGGGUUCUCCAGUGGAGCUAUCCGCUCAGCCCAGGACUCCUGGCACGCCAUUCCAUGAUCGACCUGUCGAGUAUGCUGGACUAGCAUUGGCGGCUGCUAUAAGUGCAACAAGGCCCGCAAGCCCCUUGGAAGAUUCAAAAGAUGCCCUCGCUACAGCUUUGACCGCAACAAGAUCGCCGAAGCAGAAGUCUCCCGGCCUUGGCUUGCACACGAAGCAGAGAAGUCUUAGCUCGCCUGCCAUUGCGUUUGUGACAUCUUCACAACAGUCAGCCGAGACUCCCGUCAAAAGUACUGGCAGUAUAUCUCGACUGAGGGUGCCUACACGAGUCGGACUAUCGAUGGCUUGCUCUGGCCUGCCCAAGAACCGAAGUGCAAGCGCUAGGAGUGUGACUUCGAUCGAACUACAAGUGCCCAGUCUGGGAACUUUUGGCGCAGGAGCUGUUGGAGAAAUGGUACUCGUACCCUUUGAGGCGACCAGAAUGUGGAUGACAAACCAUCCUCAAAUCGUGAAGGUUGGAUGGGAAGUGCUGGAACGCGGCUGGCAAAUGGCACAGAUCAUGAUGAUAACUGGUUGCAGACUCUGGGCAGUGGUUUUCGUCUACUCAAAAACGGGGAAACUGAAGCUGAAUGUGGCCAAGGGCGAGACUGCGGGUGGAUUCAUGUUUGAUUGUGCUCGGAGUCUUGUUUAUCUGCUGUUAUUCGCAGCUGUGGCCGCCUUCUUCAUUAGGACGCUGAGGGCCGUAUUGGGAGUGGUAGGUAUCGUUGGAUGGCUAUUUCAGGCAGUGUUUUGGGUGUUGAAGCAGGUUGUCGGUCAGGGAGCUGCGCGUUAG